AUGGACUCUCCCCCGCCGCGACUGGGCAUACCAUCAACUCGCAGCUUCGGGGAGGAAAGACGCGUCAGCUUCCCGCAAUUUGGAAGGAAACCGAAAAACUCUGAGAAUCAACCUCCUUCGCGAGCUUCGACGACAGGCCCUUUGUUAGAUUCCCAAUUCUCGCCUUUCGCACAGAGCUUGCCUACCUCAGCGGGAAGCCAGGAAGCCUCCAACAAUAGCUUGCGGCCGAACGAUGGUCUGGAUAUGAUGGACCUUGACUCCGAUGUCCACACUCCGACGACUGCCGCGCCUCCACCACGGCCGAUGUUUAACGUGCGACAUAACUCGUCUGGCUACAAUCAUCUUGUAACGCCGUACCCACUCUUUUUGAACCCGCAAUACUUUUUGCAACUGCAAGCGAGGAAUGGACGACCGCCAUCACCAGACCCGAUCCGAUACAGUGGCUCAUAUCCGGACUAUUUAGACGCGAACUUUCGAGUUGUUGAGCGCUUGGGGCGAGGAUCAUUCGCAGAGGCAUACAAAGUGCAGGAAAAGACCACGGGGCAUUUUUAUGCUGUGAAGAAGACAUUGCAUGCUUUCAGCGGCUAUAAGGAUGGGUUGAACAAAUUGGGAGAAGUUGAAAUCUUGUGGCAAGUCGGUGUGCAUCCCCAUUGCGUGUGCCUCGUCGCCUCCUGGGUUCAGUUCGGGUAUCUUUAUUUGCAAAUGGAGCUCUGCGAUUGCGGAAGUCUCUAUACCUAUCUGGAGGACCAUUGCCGGGAUUCCUCGCUGGAAGAAUACCGCAUUUGGCACAUUCUUGCGGAGAUCGCUUCGGGCGUAAAACACAUACAUGAUCUCAACCUCGUGCAUCUCGAUCUGAAGCCGGGCAAUAUCUUCAUAACGAACAAUGGGUCGCUGAAGAUUGGCGAUUUUGGGCUUGCUGCUAAAGCUCCUGUGUCGCGACACGACGACAGGGAGGGCGAUCGCACGUACAUCGCACCGGAGAUCCUUCGUGAUCCCAGCUUUGGAAAAGCCGCAGAUAUAUUCAGUCUCGGGCUUAUCAUUCUCGAAAUUGCGGCAAACGUCAUCCUCCCCGAGAACGGGCCAUACUGGCACAAACUCCGACAAGGUGAUCUCACCGAGAUCAAUUUCGGGCAAGAGCUCUCACCCGCCCUCCUCGAUCUCGUCCGAUCAAUGCUCGACCCCGACCCGGUCAUGCGUCCCACCGCCGACGCUCUACUGAUGCACCCUUACGUCGCGCAAAUCGUCGCAAAGCAGGCCGAAGCUCAAGCGCAGGCCAUGACGAGCGGGGACGAACAGGUGCCGGGCGCUCUGCUUGCGACAUAA